AUGAGGAAGCUCACUCCCAUCCUGGCAAUCGCAGCCAGGCCCCUGACCCCUAGUCUGCUGGAGGGGCAGGUCCCCGGUGGGGCUGCUGAGGGCACCAAGGCCUGUGUGGCUACCAUGUUUCAGUGUGUGCACUUCUGGGGCUGGAAGGCCCUGGAGAGCUCCUCGGACCAAAGUGAUGCUAUUGCCCUCAAGGACAUGACCAGUUUCCAGAUAACCCUGUGCUCUACUCAGAAAAAGCCUGCUGUUCUCUACAGCUUCUUGCUAGAAACAAUGACCUAUGUUAAAAGUAACUUGUCAAGGAUCAGAAUCGCUGCAUGUAACCUGGCAGGAAUCAUUAUGAAGCAGAUGUCUGCACGUUACCUGAAAAAGCUGGACUUUCCUACAUUACGGAAUUCUCUCCAGGAGCUACAGCUGGACUCGGAUCCUGGGGUCCGGAAGGCAUCCCUGGAGACUCUCAAAGUCUUGGAUACCUGUAGUCAUCACUGGCUUUUGGUUUCACCCUAAGGAAUUGCCUAG